AUGGCACCAGUGGCAGUAUCAUCGAUCGAGGACAAGUAUGACGCUUCCCAAUUUCAAUCGGCCCACCAGGGUAAAACAAAGAAAGGGAGCUUCACAGUUAGUGAAGAAAACAAAAAGCAAGCAUUGUAUCCUGAAUAUUUGCCUACUUGGAACCCCAAUCAAAAAUUCCCCCCAUAUAAGUUUCAAGAAUACCACGACAAGGGUUUACAGGGUGACAAGAACUACAAGAAUUUGUUUUCUCAAGAUAAAGACUAUCAGGUGAAGAGAAUGACUCCAAAGUUGGGCUCUGUUGUUGAAGGCAUUCAGUUAAGUCAAUUGGAUGAUGCAGCAAAGAAUGAUUUGGCUAGACUUAUAAGUGAUCGUGGUGUUGUUGUAUUCAAAAAGCAAGAUUUCAAUAGUCUUGGUCCUGAGUUUGCCAUUAAUUUUAUGAAGUAUUUUGGCACUUUGCAUACUCAUCCAACGUCGGGAGCUCCAGAAAACUUUCCUCAAAUGCACAUCACUUUUCGUGGAGCAUCACAACAAGAGAUUGACUCUGUUUUCAAAACUAGAACAAACUCCAUAUUAUGGCAUAGUGACUGCUCCUAUUCCCUCAAUGCUUUACAAUUGACGUUGUUUUCAUGUUUACAACUUCCUGAAAGUGGUGGUGAUACUUUGUUUGCAAACACAGUUGAGGCUUACGAAAGGUUAAGUCCAGCAAUGCAGCAAAGAUUGGAGGGUUUACACAUUUUACAUUCAUCAGUUGAACAAGCUGAAGCUAACAAGAAGGCCGGUGGUAUAACGCGCAGAGAGCCGGAAACUAACAUUCAUCCAAUUGUUCGUGUCAAUCCAACCACUGGUAAAAAACACCUUUAUGUAAAUAAAGAAUUUGGUAGAAGAAUUGUUGAGUUGAAGCAAGAUGAAUCCGACUACCUUUUAAAUUUCCUUUACGAUCACAUUGAACGUGCACAAGAUUUGCAAAUACGAGUAUCAUGGGAACCAGACACAAUUGUCUUUUGGAACAAUGGAACUACAGUGCAUACACCAUGCGUUGAUUUUGACGAACCAGUGAUUAGACAUGCAUACAGGAUUAGUGCUAUGGGCGAAAGACCUGUUGCUGAUGUAAAAUACUUGAAUGAUCCGGAUUAUUUGAGUGAAAAGUACAAAGAGUUGAAUAUUUAG